UCAGAGACUGAGCAAUGCAUUAUAAUUAUUAUCCAUAACCCCGACCUUUUCCUAUGACUCAUUAUUAGUCUGAAAUUGUCCUCACUGAGCAAAAAAGUGCACGUUAUCAAUGUAAAUCUAAACAAAAAUAAUUUAGCGACAUGCAUGCAGACAGAAACAAACAAUCUGAUGGAUGGUAGUUUACAAAACAAGGGUUACUGAACAGAACAGAGACAGAUUAGAAAUAACACUAUUUGGUUGGGUGAGGCUGUAAAAGUUAUUCAGGCUGACAUAAAAGAAAAUAAAAACAGACUGGAGUGCAAUACAAAUUAAGGCUAAUUAACAAGUAUCUGAGUUGCUUGCUUGGCCUUGACUUUAGAGUCUGCCCAUUACACUGAGUUAGCUGACUGUAAAUGAAGAGUAAGAGGGUAUUUAAAUCCCCCUGCAUGGUCAAGUGUCAUACAAGUGAGACCUUUAGUUGACUUUGAACUGCCAUGGAUAAUGUGUCUGGUUUCUGGAGGCAAAAGUGAAACAUAAUGAGAAGACAGAGGAGUGAAGUGUGCGCAGCAUUGGCAUAACAGUGCAUAACCAUAGACUGUGUAUAGAAUGGACAGUGUCUGCCUCCUUGCUGGGUGAAGCCACUCCGAGAACAGCCCCCUCUGUUGAUGGGUUGCAGUAUAGGUCAUAAAUCCCGCCUCCACCAGCAAAGUUUAUCAAGCUGUGGACAAACUUUAGAAAUUUAUUACACAGAUCAUUCUCCCGGUACAUGUAGUUACAGUAAGACUGGUUUGUGCUCAAGUCCUCUUUUUUCCGUGAAGCUCUGUUUUUAAAAGUUAUUAGGGGGUUCAUGUUUUCUAUGAUUGACACCUGAUGCAGUUUAUUGGCGUUCAAGGAUUGCGUAGCUCACCCGGGGGAUACGCUGUUUAAGCCGAGCGUCAUCACAGCGACUCUCGGUGACUCUCCUGCCGAACGCGCACAACACUACUGCGCAAUGCUGGUUUCAGAAAAUGAAGAAAAAUCGCGGAAUUAUCGAGAGCUUUUUGGCUUCAAAAAGGUAUACUUGGCAGGAGGUGGAACCAAGUUGUCCAUUCUAUAUACAGUCUAUGUUCAUAACCUUAAACUGAAUCAGCUGAUAUGUUUGCAGGACAAUAAUGUAUCAUGGAUUAACUCUGGACAAUUAAACCCAAUUCCACAUUACAAGUGUCCCUGAUCUUUUCGGUGUGAGCUGAAUAAAAAAAUGCACAUCGGAAAGCAGGUAGCCUCUCCAGUAAUUCUUUAAAAUCUAUUUUUACGUUUUAGGCACUUUAAAAAAAAACAAAUGCUUUUUACGGGCAAACUAACCGAUAUAUUCACGUACGGUCGUAAAUUAGAGAUUCAUCCUUACUUACUUUCGACCUGCCAGCGUAUUGGGGUUGGUCGCUUCGGUUGCUAGGUACACAUCUUUUUGGUGCUGAUUGCCAUCCUGUGCCACCCUGAUGGAUCCCCCCCCCUGUUUUUUAUUAUUAUUAUUUUUUAUUUUUUUUUUAUUUAGUGAUGCGAUUGCAAAGGUAUUUGACGAUUUUUUUUGACUGGAGUGUGGCAGAUGACAGUUUCAAACGUGUUAUUGAUACAAUGCACCCUAUUUGAGCUUUACAUUUUGUUGUGCUAAAAGUUAGAUCAGAAGACAGGGGGGACUGUAUUGAAUCAGUAACCUUUUCUCCAGUUAUAAACGUUUCUAGACACCUCCUUGGUUCCGUAAACAUAUCAUUUUUAGUGAUCGGUGACGUCACUUCUGGGCGUUUCUCGGGCUCGGCAGCGGAAGAGCAGGUGCAUCAGCAAACACCGAGGAGGCAUUUCACAACAACCGCUUUCAACGCAGAGGGGGUGGCGACCGAUACCACAAACAGGCCUGCGUUAACAUUUUAGGAUACGGGAAUAGCUUUUGAUUUUGUCGUUGUGAGACAGUCUCGAGGCCCGUCGACAUGACUCUGAACCAGAACAACUCGGAGUCCGGCGGAGUCAUCAUCAACAACAGUGAGAGGUAACGGAGGCUGGGGGGCAGCGAGCUAGCUAGCAGGAACCGUUAACCCAACUAACAAGCGCUCCUUCAACGGGGAACAAUACCCAAAGAAUCAAACAGGCUAAUCUGACAGUAGUCCAUGACAUACCUAAUUAUUCUUGACUCAUUUUCCCAACUCAACAUCAUAGCGUAACUAAAGCCAACUCAACAGUCACGACAACUUUUCAGCGUCUGUUAGCAAUAAACGAGGCUUCGAUUAUUGAUCCAACGCCAUGUUUUAAUCAGGAACUGUCGCGAUGAAUCAAACGGAACCGGGUCUGGGUCUGUCAGCGCAGACACGGCCUAACGACGCUGAAGUUAGCAUCUUAUCCAGAGCUUUUGGUUCGGCUGUUACAGGGAGUGUUUUGGAAACGAGGUCCUGAUCCGAAACCGCAUAUGCUCAUAAACUAAAUGAUCUUAGUGACCUUGUGAAAAAUAGUUUUAGAUUUGUGAAGUCUAAAAUCUAUACAUGGAAAUGUGAAAGAGUAUGAUAUAACCGAUAGUUUGUUUUUUCUUUCAAGGCCAAAUUGAUCCAAGUCCUGAUCCAAAACCCUUCACACUAGACUCUCAUACCUGGAGAUAAUUGGUUUUAAGAUACUAAGAACUUGAAACCUUCACUCAACACUUGAGCAUGCUAAAAAGAGGAACUCCGCUCCCUUUUCUCUCUAGACCACGUUGUACCAAGUCAUGAUACAGCCCCCCAAUACCUAUGCUUCUCAGAGCUGGAUUUUAUUAUCCUCUCGAUCAGCUUCGUGAAACCUUGAUUCUAUCUGUCAUGCAAGAAGCUGAUUAAUUUGCUUUGUUUCACAACCAGACCUCCUUGGACUAGGUCCUAAACCAGAACCACAGUGACCAGACUUUUUAGAUGUGGUCUUAGGCCUACUUAUUGUAGAGGUUACUGACUCUGAAAUACAGUUCAAUUUAGUAAGACCUUGAUUCUGUUUGUGGAAAUGCAAAGAAAGGGGGACUACACUGCCCCCCUGAGAGAGGCUAUGGACUCUGCAAUACUGUUUUAGACUUGUGAAAGCUGUAUCAUAUCUGUAGGUAUGCCUAAGAAGCCAAUGUUACUGAUGUUACUGUUUUUUAUCGCCCAGAGCAAUCAGACCAGGCCUGAUCCAGCACAGCUUAACUUUGACUUUACAUAUGAUCUUGAAUGAGAAUAAUAGAUUCACAAAUCUGAAAUUAUGUCUUCAAGAGUCUUAAGCUUCAUCAGGAACUGAUCCUGUGUCACCUGGAAAAGGAGCAAGGUCACCCUUUUAUGCACUUUCACAAACAGAGUUAGGGUUUCACAAAUCACCCACUGAGCAAUAGACGGCUAUUAGACGUCUAGUUAUUUUUUAGACCUAAUUUCAACCAUCUAGAUUCUGUAUAUCUGUAGACGGAAUGUAGACGAUGCACUUUCACCUGCUAUUCGAUAAGUAUUUAUUUAAAAAAGCAACUGUGAGUUGCAUAACUGAUCUCCAAGUACUAAACCAAAAUAAUUAUGAUAGCCGUGGGGCAAUAUACUGGUAGACCUCUGUUAGCAGGCUAGUCUAAACUCGGUCUAAAUUUAGACGUCUGAAAACUUUCAUUUUUAGACCUGUGGUAUCCGGAUUUUAGACCAGUCGUCUAGACUACAUUUAGACGUCUAUUAGACCUCUUUUGGACCAAAAAAUGCUCAGUGGGCAGAUACUGUCAGACGACUGUCUAACAUCAAUCUGGUUCUGUUUGAGGUUUCUGCCUGUUAAAGAAAGUUCUUCCUCUCCACUGUAACUUGAUAAAUGCUGUGAAGUGUUUCACUCGUGUGGUUAAAGAUGGGAUGGGAGUGGAUCUGAUCUUACAGGAUGGGGCUCAGUGUGAUCCCAUCUACAUUGGGUCUUGUAAACAGAGUCUGGUCUAGACCAGCUUUUUUGUUAAGCAUUUUGAGGUCACAUUUUUGUAAUGGUGCAAUAUAGAUAAAGAAUGGUUGAUUAAAACUCUACAUUAGAAGGUCCAUUACCUCUCUAAAAUACUUAAAUUCAGAUCUGAGCAGCCUGAGAAAUGUGGUUUUGGAUCAGGACCUUGUUGCCCUGACUCUCAGUAUCAGCUGAAUUAAAGGGUGUGAAUCAGAUGCUAACUUCUGAUUUGUCAUGCCAUAGUUUUUGCUGACCAUAGCAUGCUUCACUUUUUCUGACAAUGGUUUUCUGUAAUGUGUAGAUGGUUGUGCUAUCUGCUAACAAACUGAAUAUGUGUGUAACAUUAACACAAUGGUGGAGCGGUGGUACUUUGCUGCUGUCCAGCUUAUCUUCCUCACCUGCCACACUUUGGUCCACUCAUUAAGGGAAGGGUUUCUCAUAUUUUUCUAGAACAUACUGGAGUGUAAUGUUAAACCGAUUACAGCUCAACCAAAAACAGUGGUAAUCCCUGUCAAUAGACUGCAUGGAAGCAUAAUCCAUUUACCAAACCGUUCACUAAAGAAACCGGUGAGCCAUGUUUAGUAACUGGACAGUUGCACAAUGACCUGGUGAUCUCAUUCUCAAGCUGCUAAGUCCAAGAUUAUGAAAGUAGGCUCUAGUCAUAUUGUCACUGAUACAUAGUCAUGUUUUUGAUACUUGUUAUGAAUUCAGUAUAUGAAAAAUAGAAGACAUGCCACAAAUAGAAUUCUUUUUAAUCAUCAAUUCGUGUCAUCUUUGGUAAACUGUGUUCUUGUUUCUACUCCUGUCAUCAGUGUGUUGAUGAACUACGAUAAUGUGGAGCUGCUUUUCUGUGAUGCGGACCGUCUUCCAGAAGCCUUCAGAAAGAGCAAGAAAGGCAGCAUCUACCUUACUCCAUACAGGGUGAGAGAUGAAUCCAGUUAUCUUCUUUGUUGUUUAGCUUAAGCUUCAUGCUGAUCGAAUUCUGUCACUCUUUACGGUAUGUACACUACCUCUCAGCAGACCUUGAUACUGUUGUUUCCCUCAGGUGAUCUUUCUGGCCAAAGGACAAAAAGAUGGACUGCAGUCCUUCAUGAUGCCUUUCUACCUCAUGAAAGGUUGUGAGGUCAAGCAGCCUGUGUUAGGAGCCAAUUACAUCAAGGGCACUGUGAGUGCAGAGCCUGGAGGUGAGGAUAGAUAGAUAGAUACAUAGAUACAUAGAUACAUACAUACAUACAUACAUACAUACAUACACCUUCUUAUUUAAAGCAUUUUCUUUAUUCUCAUUACUAUUUAAAUUGUAGAUUCUCAGUGAAGGCAUCAAAGCUAUGAAUGAACACAUGUGGAAUCAUGUGCUUAAGAAAAAAGUGUGAAAUAACUGAAAACAUGUUUUAUAUUUUAGAUUCCUCAAAGUAGCCACAUUGCUUUUUUGAUAGCGCUGCAAACUUUUGCUGUUCAUGCUCUUCAUGAGGUAGUCACCUGAAAUGGUUUUUACUUCACAGGUGUGCCUUGUCAGGGUUACUUCGUGACUGACAGAGUCAGUCACUAAGUUCCUCUGUCAUCAAGAGCAACUUGAAAGAAACUAGAAAAUAAAACAUGUUUUCGGUUAUUUCACAAUUUUCUUAUAAGUACAAAAUUCCACAUGUGUUCAUUCAUAGUUUUGAUGCCCUCAGUGAUAAUCUACAAUGUAAAUAGUCAUAUAAAAAAAUAAAGAAAAAACAUCGAAUGAGAAGGUGUGUCCAAACUUUUGGCCUGUACUGUACAUACAUACCAGUGGCGGCUGCUGGUCUUUCAAGGAGGGGAAGCUCAUUUUUCUGGCCUACAUCAUAAUUGUAUUUGUUUAUUAGUAUGUAACAGAACAGAGUCGCCAAACAAAAUGGCAGUCGUUUUUAACAAAGACAAAAGUCGCUGAGGAUCGGUAAAGCCUUCGGAGCAGUUAAGAACAACGGAAUGAAUAACUUGGAAAAUGCUCUGGUAGAUGUUUUAUUCUUCAAGAUCGCUGAUUCGCUUGUUUAGCUGUCAAUCAAAAAAGGAUUUCGCCUCAGACAGCUCAUCCAAUCAUGGAUGCAGAAGCUCGGAGUCCGGGAGAAAGUCGGGACUGCCCUCUCGCCAUAGAACUCCAGUGAAGCUGAGCUUCCGAUGGGCGGGACAAAGCCCAGCAUUUAUCCAAUGAGCGUCUAGUUUCGCUGCUGGAACAACCCACUUUGAGCUUCCACAUUGAAGUCAGCAGAAGCCCAGCGUCCGCCUGUUUAAAGCGCUGAGGCGCUGCGAGGAUGAAUGAGAACGAAGUUAUGCCGGUUACCUGUGAUUAUCAGCUUCCUAUCACAGUGUGAUAAGAAGCUGAUUCUGAACAAAAGAUGAAGGCUUUCUAGUGCGUAUUUAGUUAAUGAAAUGUACACACAGCAGUACAUAUUUCACCACUUUUUCUUUUUUUUGGGUGGUGACAUUUUAAGGGAAGCCGAGCUUCCCUUGCAGUCUUAGAGCAAUCGCCACUGAUACAUACAUACAUACAUACAUACAUACUUUCAUAAAUAGACACAUACAUAGAUACAUACAUACAUGCAUAGAUAGAUAAAUAUAUAGUUUAUUAUUCCCAGGGGGAAAUUCAAAAACAAAGUGUGCGUGCGUGUGUGUGUGAGAGAGAGCAAGAGUACAAGUUUAAGAGUGUGGAGGGUUACCCUGGUGCUUGAUCACACAGUGUUUCCCAUCACUUUGUUCAGCACACAGUAAUUCCAUGGAUUCUUCUUGAUGUCAUUUCUCCUGCAGGCGGCUGGGAGGGCAGCGCUACAUUCAAACUUGUCUUUGCUGCUGGAGGGGCGAUAGAGUUUGGCCAGUACAUGCUGCAGGUUGCAGCUCAGGGUAUGAAUGACGUUGUAACCUUUAACCAGUAAUGCUGAUAUAAAUUGGAGAUAUCAGCAAUGCAUUUUUUUGGUGGUCCCAAUAAACCAAGUUGUUUUUCAAUCAAUAAAAAUUUCACUUCAUCUCUGGCCUCCUCCUUCCUGAUGUGUCUUGCAGCAUCCAGAGGUCAGCCUGUGACUGCAGGGUUCGGUGGAUGCCCCUACAUGGCCAAUGGGGCCUAUGCUUACCCUCCCCCUCCUGCUAAUGGGAUGUACCCUGCUGGACCUCCACCAGGCUACUCCUACCCAAACCCUCCUCCACCAGGUGAAAGCUGUCAUAACUAGCUCCACAAACCACCAUGGUUUCUUGCCACAAAUCUCCUUCAGAUCUGGUGGAAGUGUUUUGUUAUAGUUGUCCUAAUCUCUAAAUUCUGUGCCUUUUGUCCAGGUGGAUUCUAUCCAAACCCUCCAGCAUUUGAUGCCUCUGCUGGCUACAUACCUCCACCUCCUUACUCUGCUCCUCUGGGCCAGCAACCACCACAUGAUCCAGACCUUCCCUCCUCAGCAGCAGGUGAGCCUCGCUAUUAAAAUACUCCCUGACAGAUAGAGGGACUAAGUGGUGCUAGAUGUGCUUAAUUCAGUGAGUUUAUAUACGAGUUGUUAAAAUAAAAAAGAAGUAUUGAUUGCAAUAGUCCUCUGGGCUGGGCUGAUAAAAUGUAACAUGCUAGUUUAACAGAAAUCAUACGAAUUUUUUUUUUUUUUUAUGUUUACUUGUUUUGAAUUUGAUGUCUGUAACACAUUCCUAAAAAGAUGGUUAAGGGUCAACAAAAGACUGAAAACUGAGGACUGCUCCAAAAACACCAGUUUGGUGUAUUCCUGUUCAUUAAAAACAGGGGAGGGUCAUGACUGGGUAUAAAAGGCGCACCACUUUGUCAACAACUGCGUGAGCAAAUAGUCCAACAGUUUAAGAAUGUUUCUUAAUUAAUAACUGCAGAAAUUUAGAGAUUUGAUCAUCUACAGUCCAUAAAACCAUCAAAAGAUUCAGAGAGUACCUUUUCUAGAGGUACUAGAAAACAUGUCAUGUCGUAUCAUGUUGGUAUUAAACCGUUUAUGACUAGAUCAAAUCAUCACUGAUCAUGUAGCUGGAGGCUAAUGACCUUAAACAGUUUAAAGUAUGAGCAAUCAGGGAAGCACAUCAAGUUUGACAUGACAGUGAGGUAAAUUAAAGACUGAAAUGAUCAACUGGAUACUGUGAAACAGUAUACUUCCAACUUACUUUUUAGCUCUUUUUUAUAGCUUUUUUUAAAUAAAUCUGGAUUUCUAAAGAUAGAUAGAUAGAUAGAUAGAUACUUUAUUAAUCCCAGAGGGAAAUUCAAAAAUACUUAUUACUUAUCCUUAUUAAAAUACAUAUUUAUUAUAUUGUCAAUAAAUAAAAAAAGAAGUUAAAGUUCUCUGAGAGUUUUUCUUUUAUGGAGCAUACAAGUGGAAGCUUCCAGCAUUAAAUAUUAUUUUGAUGAUGAUCAGUUACAAAUGAAGCCAAAAUUAUGAAUUGAGAUUUGCUCUCGAACCUUAGAAAAAGACCAAAAGUAGACCUUGCUUUUUUUUUUUUUUGGUCAACUUCUCACCAAUAUUUCAGUAUUUUAUCGGUUGCAUCACUUUUCCCUUCCAACAAAUCUUUAAUAUUGACUGGUUAAUAAACCUUGGGUGUGAUUAACUUCAUUGUUAUCGUGAAGCCCAGAGAUAAGUCAACUAUUUUUUGUCAAUGACCCCAUCCUCUCUCUUCCCCAGCGGAGGCUAAAGCAGCUGAGGCAGCAGCGAGCGCCAGCUCAGUCACACUGCCUCCUACACAUGUGUACCUGCCACAGGUGAGCUACUUCCACUAUUCGGUAAUGUUUGCUCUUACCAUUACUCUUUUUCUACUAGGUUACGGUUAAGAGACGGUGAUAUCAAAGGAAAAUGAUCAGCCAGCUCCUCUAUUACAAAAAACAGCGACAUUAACAAUUCAGAAAGAGCUUUGCUCUGCUAAAACAACAAAUAGUUUUUUUCUUCACCUUAUUUUAUAGCUCUUCAAAAUGAGAGGUUGGACUGUGACUCCACAUCACGUGUGGGCAUGAGUAGCCUACAUGUGAUGGACAUCCCCAAUUGUUCAAUAUGUAUAAAACAGUUGAACUGAGUGUUCAGCAAACAAAGAAAUGGCCCUGUUUUUCAAGUGUACUUGUUUAGGCAGAUGUUAGUAUCCCUCGGUUUGUCUGAACAGCUCCCUAUCAGACUUAGAGUACAUGGGGGCUAACCUUGAAACAGCGGCUCAGAAACGUACUGUUUGGGGGCCAUAACUGCACCAGCACUGUGAUGUUUAAAAACCACUUCCUCUUCAGUGCAACUCUUCCAGUUUUUGGUGAUUCCUUAAUUGAAGAACCAACUCAGCACCCAGUUCAGAUCCUAGUUCAGACCCAGUUAUCAGCAAAGGCGGUCUACAUGUGGGCUCCCAGCCUAUAGCUUCUAAUGACAGGUACUCAGACACACAUGUCCAAGAGGGCAGAGGCCUUUGGCAGUGAUUCUGGGCUGGUCUUUGCAUGUACCUACCAUUAAAGACUGUACAUGCAAAGCGCUUCUCAAUUGUUUCCUCAUAUCCGCUGAAAACAUAUUUUAGCCAUCUUGAUCGUUCAAAAUUCCUAAGCGACACUUCCUAUAUUUACUGCACAGUCACUGUGAGUUCAGUCAGGAUCAUUUCGUCAAAAUUCAGCUUUAUCGUGCAAAGUUACAUUUGGCGGCAUAGUUCUGUUCUGGGUCCCUGCCCUCCGACGCGCUUGUGCGAAAGCCAGAGGCAGGAAGAGCCCCUUCCUGCCCUUUAUGAGCCAUCAUGAAAAGAUGAUAGCUGGGAGCGCAUGCGAGGUUCUGUUCGGGGCCCCCCUUUCUCCACGCAAGCAUGCGUGAGAGGCCAGCCGCAGAAAGAGCACCUUCCCACCCUUCAUGAGGCAACAUGAAGGCAGAAACAACGGGGGGUAGGGCAGCGAUGAACAGAACCCCCCCUGGAAUAGGAGCACUUCAAGGGUAGGGGAGCAGUUAAGCUGACACAAGGGUGGAGCUGGGGUGGAGGUGGGUUGCAGGUUGGCUGUCGAGGAAGAGGAAGAGGCUGGGUUAGGGCAUUUUUAAAGAGGGCGCUCUAAAGGCAUAGGACCAAUAAGAGCUAGGAGGAAAUAGCUGGGCCAUCAGCUGGUUGAGGUGGGUACUUGUCAUUGGCGCGGAUCAGCGCUUGACGUCGUGACCUGCUACGACGUCAAGCGCUCGUCGUGGCAGCCCAUGCUAUGCUUGUCAAAUGUCAAAUGUUAGUUAUGUGCACUCGUAAGUGAAUGAUUGUAGAGUACCAUUCUCUCUAACAAAGACUGUCUUUUCUUCACAGGACAAGCCUCCUCCAUACUCUCCUCCAGAGGACAAGAAGAACCAGUAGACCUACUCCAUCUCACCUUUAUUCCUCACUGUAUUCUGCAGUCCUUAUCUCACUGGACCCCUCCUUUUCUCAUUCCCUCUUUUUCUUUUCUCCGUACCUCCUAAAGCUCAUUUUUGAUCUUUGGUUUCAGCUUUUUUCUCAUCUCAUCUCCAUUCUUAUACAUUCCAUAUAAUAAUUUCUUUACUGUAAUUAGCUUCAUUCUUUACAAAAGCACCUUUACUUGACGGAAAAUGAAAGUAUUGGUAGUAUCUUUGAGAGAAACAAGAAAAUGACCAGGUAGAUGAUCAGAUCUGACAUACUUUAGCAUCCAUUGCUGUGUGGGUUUCUAAGGAUUCUUGCCCUGACACUAAACUCCAGAUUCAGUGAUGUUGUGAAGCUCACCUUUAAUGGUCUGUCUAUGAAACCAGACAAAACCAGAUGACACUAAUUACUUUGCUAGUCCUCUGAGCGGCGAACUGAAUGCAGUGUUUUAUUUUUCUAUCAUUUGUGUGUACAGGCUUUUAAUAUGUAGACUUUUAAGAAAGUGAUAUUUUCACACUAAAAAGCUAGAGAAAACAAAAGCACUUGUAAACACGGCCGACUGCAGAAAGGUCAAGUCUGCCUCAUUGUGUUUAAGCAGACCAGAGGAGUACAAAGAUUAGAGCAGCCCCGGCAGUGAAUCCCUGAUCCUGGAUUAGAGCAGAAAGCGAGGGCGACCAGGGCUGCAAUGGAGGGAUGGACUGACAGGACGGAUUAUCUCUACUACUCAAGAGCAGAGCAGUCACUCAACGAUGUCACUUCCUGUUUUGUCAUGCGUCUGAACAUUCGAGAAAACACACGGUCAGACUCACAGCCAGCCGACUUCACCCUUCAUUUUGAUCCUAACUCUCCAGCGUGAGGUCAGUCUUUGAACCUGAUCACCUCAGUAUCUGAGCCGACACCUCUCCCCCCUCUGUGGUUACUCUAUUUAAUUGUAUCUGUGGAACGUGUGGCUGAAUCUUUGCACUUUCAGAUUGCUAUGCAUCAGGCUCUUCUUUGCUCUGUCAUGGCUGUGUGUAAAAUAAUAAUGAUAAUGAAGCUCUGUAUUUAUUUCAAACUAAUUUAUUGAAAAAUUCAUGUAAAAUGGCUCAAGUACAACAAAGCAUGAUCUUAACUUAUGCUUGUCCGCGUUGGACUGGAUUUUAUUAAAUGAAUCUUGAUUCAUGUGA